GAGGUUGACAUCACGCGCCAAUCGGCAUGGCUUUUGGAGAGAGCGGUUUGCUUUUUUGAAUUGGCAGUGGCCGCCGGCGAGGAAUGGCGGUAACGGUGAGAAGGCUUGGUGUUUGAAGUGGUGGAACUUUCAGGGCGUCUUUAGAGCGUGCCAUCAUAGAAGAGUACAAACAAUGGCUGAUGAUAGUGCGUUAACAUCUACUGCUGGGAGCACAAGCUUGGCAGACUCUUCCAUUUUUGAUUCUAAAGUUACUGAAACAUCUAAGGAAAACUUAUUUAUUGGAUCUACUUCAUAUGUUGAAGAAGAAAUGCCUCAGGUUGAAACAAGAGUGAUACUGGUUCAAGAAGCUGGAAAACAAGAAGAACUUAUAAAAGCCUUAAAGACUAUUAAAAUAAUGGAAGUCCCUGUUAUAAAGAUAAAAGAAAGUUGUCCUGGAAAAUCGGAUGAAAAAUUAAUAAAAAGUGUUGUUAAUAUGGAAAUUAAAGUGCCGUUUGUAAAGAUGGAAUCAGUUGAAGAAUUUAAAAGUUUGGAUUCUCCAGAAUUUGAAAAUGUAUUUGUAGUCAUGGACUUCCAGGAUUCUGUCUUUAAUGAGUUAUACAAGACUGAUUGCAGAGUUAUUGGACCACCAGUUGUAUUAAACUGUGCACACAAAGGAGAGCCUUUGCCAUUUUCAUGUCGUCCACUCUAUUGUACAAGCAUGAUGAAUCUAGUACUAUGUUUUACUGGAUUUAGGAAGAAAGAAGAACUAGUCAGAUUGGUAACAUUGGUUCAUCACAUGGGUGGAGUUAUUCGAAAAGACUUUAAUUCGAAAGUUACACACUUGGUGGCAAAUUGUACACAAGGAGAAAAAUUCAGGAUAGCUGUGAGCUUGGGUACUCCAAUUAUGAAGCCAGAAUGGAUUUAUAAAGCUUGGGAAAAGCGAAAUGAACAGGAUUUCUGUGCAUCAGCUGAUGACUUUAGAAAUGAAUUUAAAGUUCCUCCAUUUCAAGAUUGCAUUUUAAGUUUCUUGGGAUUUUCAGAUGAAGAGAAAACCAAUAUGGAAGAAAUGACUGAAAUGCAAGGAGGUAACUAUUUACCAGUUGGAGAUGAAAGAUGCACUCACCUUAUAGUUGAAGAGAAUAUAGUAAAAGAACUUCCAUUUGAACCUUCUAAGAAACUUUAUGUUGUCAAGCAAGAGUGGUUCUGGGGAAGCAUUCAAAUGGAUGCACGAGCUGGAGAAACUAUGUAUUUGUAUGAAAAGGCUAAUACACCUGAGCUCAAGAAGUCAGUGUCAUUGCUCUCUCUAAAUACCCCAAGCAGCAAUCGGAAAAGACGUCGUUUAAAAGAGACACUUGCUCAGCUUUCAAGAGAGACAGACAUGUCACCCUUCCCUCCCCGUAAGCGCCCAUCAGCAGAACAUUCCCUUUCUAUAGGGUCACUCCUAGAUAUCUCCAACACACCAGAAUCUAGCAUUAACUAUGCAGAAACACCAAAGUCUUGUACGAAAUCUUCUAAAAAUUCCACUCCAGUUCCUUCAAAGCAGUCAGCCCGGUGGCAAGUUGCAAAAGAGCUCUAUCAGACUGAAAGUAAUUAUGUAAAUAUAUUGGCCACAAUUAUUCAGUUAUUUCAAGUACCAUUGGAAGAGGAAGGACAACGUGGUGGGCCUAUCCUUGCGCCAGAAGAGAUUAAGACUAUUUUUGGUAGUAUUCCAGAUAUCCUUGAUGUACACACUAAGAUAAAGGAUGAUCUGGAAGACCUUAUUGUUAAUUGGGAUGAGAGCAAAAGCAUUGGUGAUAUCUUUCUUAAAUAUUCAAAAGAUUUGGUAAAAACCUACCCUCCCUUUGUGAACUUCUUUGAAAUGAGCAAGGAAACAAUUAUUAAAUGUGAAAAACAGAAACCAAGAUUUCAUGCUUUUCUGAAGAUAAACCAAGCUAAACCAGAAUGUGGACGACAAAGCCUUGUUGAACUUCUCAUCCGACCAGUACAGAGGUUACCCAGUGUUGCAUUACUUUUAAAUGAUCUUAAGAAGCAUACAUCUGAAGAAAAUCCUGACAAAAGCACUCUAGAAAAAGCUAUUGGAUCACUAAAGGAAGUAAUGACUCAUAUUAAUGAGGAUAAGAGAAAAACUGAAGCGCAAAAGCAAAUUUUUGAUGUUGUUUAUGAGGUGGAUGGAUGCCCAGCUAAUCUUUUAUCUUCUCACCGAAGUUUAGUCCAACGAGUUGAAACAAUUUCACUAGGUGAGCAUCCCUGUGACAGAGGAGAACAAGUAACUCUCUUUCUCUUCAAUGAUUGCCUGGAGAUAGCAAGAAAACGACACAAGGUUAUUGGCACUUUUAGGAGUCCUCAUGGCCAGACCCGACCCCCAGCUUCUCUUAAGCACAUUCAUCUAAUGCCUCUUUCUCAGAUUAAGAAGGUGCUAGACAUAAGAGAGACGGAAGAUUGCCAUAAUGCUUUUGCCUUGCUUGUGAGACCACCAACAGAGCAGGCAAAUGUUCUGCUCAGUUUCCAGAUGACGUCAGAGGAACUUCCAAAAGAAAACUGGCUAAAGAUGCUGUGUCGACAUGUAGCCAAUACUAUUUGUAAAGCAGAUGCUGAGAAUCUUAUUUACACAGCUGAUCCAGAAUCAUUUGAAGUAAAUACAAAAGAUAUGGAUAGUACAUUGAGUAGAGCAUCUAGAGCAAUAAAAAAGACUUCAAAAAAGGUUACAAGAGCAUUUUCUUUCUCCAAAACUCCAAAAAGAGCUCUACGAAGGGCUCUUAUGACGUCCCAAAGUUCAGUGGAGGGGAGAAGUCCCUCUAGCAAUGAGAAGCAUGUAAUGAGUCGUCUGUCUAGCACAUCAUCAUUAGCAAUUACCCCUUCUGUUUCCACAAGCAAUAUAAUUGGAUUUACUAAGCAUGGUUAUGUUCAGCGCUCAAACUCUACUGGUGGGCGCUCCCAAAACUCCUGGUUUCGAUCUAUACGUCAUUCUGCCUCACGAGUUAGUUUUUCAGAGAUGCUAGAAGGAAAUACUGAUUUUUCAAAUUUCAAAAAAGUUCUAUCCAAGUCAUCUUUGACAUUUGCGAAGAAUUAGGAGAUGGAAACAAGCCUUGUGAAGUUUAAUGUGAGCUUAUUAGCUAUUUGAAAUUUGUAUUUGUGAAAAAAGAAAAUAUUUUUCUCCACUGAAUCACUUAUUAGGUGGGUGGGGAUUUUGAAUUCACAACUUUAUAACUGCUUUGAAUUCACAACAACAUAGACUUUAUAAUAGAGUUUCUUUGCAUAUUGGCACAUAAAAAUAUUUUUACAAAACAAUUUGCUCAUAAGUCCAGAAAAAAUCAGUCCCAUUAGAAGUUUUCCUAUUAAAAUGAUUGCUUAAAAAAUACUAAUAAUCAUCAUGUGAAGUAGAUUUAUAUUCCAAAUCUGAUUCUCAGAUUUACAGCAUUUAUAUAAGAUUUAUGCUUUUAAUAUGGCAAAUUAUAAAGGUUUUACCUGAGGAAAAUGUAAACUUUUAUACUAUCUAUGUAAAACAUUGCUUUGCUAUCACUUGAAUGCUAAUUCUUUACCAACCUAGCUCUUUAAACACUUCAUUUUAUUUACUACCUUGUUGAUGAGGACUUACAUAUCUUGCUACAGUGCUGGCUCAAAAUUUAGAGCCAUUCAUGUUUGUUAAAACAGAAACUAUUUUUAUAAUUUGUUUUCAUUUAUACCCCUCUUGAGUUUUUGGUAUUCUUGUGCAUAUCUCUUUGUUAUUAAAAAUUCUGAUGACAUUUAACUUUGAUACUCUGAAACAAUAAGUUUAGACAAGCAUAGUAUAUUAGUACUCUCUACUAUCAGAAGUGCUGCUAUUUUUCUCAGUUCUUAUAUGGAGCAAAACUAUACAUAUACAAACACAUACACAUAAAUACAUUUAGUUUGUACACAUAAUACAAAAACUUUUCAGAGUUUAUGACUUUUAAUUUAGAAAAUUAUUUCCCAUGAAGUAAUUUUAUUCCUCUUAAUUCUGCUUAAUGAUUAAGAAGAAACCAUUAGAAUU